AUGAACAUGCCUGGCAACUAUGUUAACCAACCCGGCCUUAACGGAGGCUUUAACAAUUACGCCAAUAUUCACUCAAUCCACAACACCAACCAUGCGAUGAGCGGCAUGGGUGCUAGUGCUCCGACUGUUCAGCAGUUGUCGGGGUUCUCCCAUGCCGCGCCGUCGCAGUGGAGUGCGUACAUUGACCCUGCUCUGAAGGACUACAACACCAUGCCCCAGGAUCUUCCGUCAAACUGGAACAAUCUGGCCCAGGCCCCGGGUCAGCAGCAGUUCCCUCCAUUCUCCAACCCUGGUCUGGGCGACGGGUACACCACCAACUCCCAGGUUCUUCAGCCAACCUGGAACAAUCUGGCCCAGUCCCAGAGUGAGCAGCAAGUUCCCAACGCUGUCAACGGCAAUGGGACCAUGCCUGCCGCUGAUUACCAGAUGUACCAGGCCUCUCCGGCGGUGCAGAACAACGUUGACGCGCCGGUGCCAGCGGCAGCACCGGCGCCAACGGUAGCACCCGCUAAAAAAAGAGGACGACCAUCGAAGAAGCGCCCGGCGUCGUCCGGUGCAGAUGAGCCGCCUUCCCCCAAGAAGCGAGGACCCAUCCGAAAGUUCUCGUGCAAGACAUGCCGCGACCAUCACGUGAAAUGCGAUGGCCAGGAAGGCAGCAUCUGCACAUAUUGCACAGAUCAUAACGAGCCUUGCGGCUUCGAUAUGAAAGACAGACGAUUCAACGAGGCGGUAACCGAGACCAUCAUGACCGUGGUGAAGAACUGGCAGGGUGCCAUCGAGGAUCUCUGUACCGUUCUGUCCGCCCUGAUCGGGGAGGGUGUCGACAAGGACGACCAGAUAUACGCUGCGAAAUUAGUCAAGAAAGGAGAGAGCCCAUCUCUCAUCGCCCGUGUCGUCGACCCAGCCCCAGGGAUACCCGCGGUAGCUGACAACCAAAGACUGGCAAGAUUGGCUGUUCUUGACCAAGGUGCCAAGCUGGUGGAAAGGAAACGAACGAUUAAGGAAGUGAAUCGCGCCGGGAUUAACACUAUUGCUUACCUUGCUUGGGUUUGCGAGGGUUACCGGACCGGCGAACUGACAGAGUCUGACGUGCAACGCAUCUUGCAUAACGUCAGAUUGGGCAGAUGCCCCGAAUUGACCGAGCAGGUCGAGCUUUGGGAAGGGUGGGUGAAGCAUUGGUACCCGAACGGAGCGGCGCCAAAGGCCGGCGUCAGGGGCAACUUAACACAGCAAACCCCUACAUUAGCCGUCGCCUCAUCGUCGGCCGGGUCAACUCCACCGACCCAUACUCAGGCCGGCUUGACGAUUCCAGCCGCGGCGAUGGGCCACGACGACACUCCCCACGAGAUCAACUCGGCUGUGCUGGACCCGAUUGUGAAUGCCUACGGCGGUCAAGAGUCAGGAGUUGGGGGGUUUGCAGACUGGUGGGCAGACCAAUCUGCAGACCCGUUUGCAGACCCGUUUGCAGACCCAUUUGCAGACCCGUUUGCAGAGCCGAAGGAGACCGCGGCGGAGGAGCCCGCGGUCGCGGAGGAGGUCGCGGCAGAGGAGGAGCCCGCGGCUUGGGGAGAGGCAUCGGAUCUUUUCGACGACCCAGAUGCUCUCGCCUUAUACGAGUCAAAGAUUGCGGAAGAGGACGCAGCAAAGGAGAAGGCUGCGGCUGAGAAGGAAAGAACGGACUUCAUGAAGAUAUUGAAUGCCGGGGCUAGAGAAGAGCAGGCGGCGAAGAAGGCCGCGGCUGACAAGAAGGCUGCUGCUGAGAAGAAGGCGGCUGCUGAGAAGAAGGCGGCUGAUGAGAAGAGGGCGGCUGAUGAGAAGAAGGCGGCGGCUCAGGAGAAGGCCACCAUCAUGGAAGCUGAGUUAGGCGCUGACUCUGAAUCCGAGGUUUCGGAGGAAGAGUAA